UCCUGGAUUAAUCUCUUUAUGAUGUUGUUAAAUGACUUAAUCUUUAUCACAAUGGUUACAAAGAAACUAAAGCCACACGUAAACUGGGCUUUAACAAAAUACAGAGAAGCCCCAACAAACAAAACAAAUUAAGAACUAUCUCAUGCCGCAAAAUGUGGCAUUUCUUUCAGACGACGUUCUCGCGCAACCCUCCUGGGAAGACCUGGGAACGAGUAAUUGAACUUUAUGUCACCAGUCUACCUCGACCACUGGAAGUACAAAUGGCUUUUCACGCUCGACGCGUGGCAAAGUGCGUCGGAGUGAACUUCGACCAAGUCGCUCAAGGAGGUCCUGUUCUUUGUCUUCUUGCUACAUUUCGACGUCCUUUCUGUUUUAAUAGUGGUACAAUGAACUUAGCUGAUUUGAGCGACGCUUACAGCGACACAUUGCAAUACGUCCAGCCAAAUCUCUUUCGGAAUUAUGGAGGAAAGUCGAAAUUUGGGGGAGUGAUAUCAACUGUAAAGUGCCACGAGGACAAUUUGCUUGUCAAGCAAACUCUGAACGAGCCAGGGAACAAACGGGUCCUAGUUGUUGAUGCUGGAGGUUCAUUAAGAUGUGGCAUGUUUGGGGACAUGCUUGCUGGACUUGUAAUCAAGAACAAUUGGGCAGGAGUUGUGAUGUACGGCUGUAUACGAGACUCGGAAGAAAUUGGAAAGAUGGAUGUAGGUGUAAAAGCCAUAGGAACAAUGCCAUUGAAAUCUGUGAAGAAAGGUCUCGGAGAAAGAGACAUUGCAGUGCGAUUUGGAGGGGUGAUGUUUACGCCCGGUCACUAUGUUUACUCAGAUCUUGAUGGUAUCAUUGUAUCACCUAAACAACUAACACUUGAUGCUCCAAAGUUGUAAUUGAUGUCUUUUGAAUGUUACAAAAUGUAACUGUGUUCUUAGUAUAUUCCAAAUAACUAGCUCAAGGUCAAUUUAUUGAUAGAUUAAAACAAUUUGUAAACUUUGCCAAGAUGGAUUUUAGGGGCUAUUUUGAAUUCGUUUUGUACCAAUGCAAACAUCCAAGCCAUCCUCACCCAUUCAGCUUACUGCAUUCAACACAACGCAACACAAUGAAACGAAAAAAUAAAUAGAUAAAUAAAUAAAAUAAAACAAAUUGAAACAUUUUGUAAAACAAGCUCUUUGUUGGCCAUUGCACAUUAUUUGAACCGAGGGAAAUGAAAUAAACUUAGGAAAAUGUUUUUGAAUGUUCUUGAAGGAAAAUAAGUGCAAGAUGGUGGCCAGUUUAUUUGGUGAUAAUUUUUAAUGAUGUUUAAAUCAGUUAAGAGAUAUUUUUGGUGCAUAAGUGAAGCUAAUGUCAAUUAAUAUAUUAUGUUUGUUUACUCUGUUUUGGUAGCUAGCCUCAUUGCUGAAGAAUGACUUAUUUGAUUAAGGGUUGAGAACUAUUGGGCAGACAGGGAUCAUUUUUGUGUCUUCCUUGAUUUUACUGCCUGCACGUACCCAACAUCUUCUAUCUCUUUAAUUGUAGAUAGUGAGUAACCCAGCAGUGUGCAGCUGUUAACACAGUCAUGGCAGCCACUACUCCAUUGCAUUUUCGAUGGUUGUGAAAUAGGUUGAGAUAAAGUUUUGAAUCAAUGACUAGUAGAUCUAUGCUAAUAAAACAAUUAGAUUGUGAAAA